GGGGCCAUGAGGGCAAGAUGGGAAUUGACAAUGCGGAACAUGGCCGAUACGGGCAGCUAAGAUACGCCAGGUGGCGCAUCAGUCCCAGGCGAAAGGUACUAAGGGGUCCUUCACCGUCCUUCAUAGGAAGCUGGGCACGUUUCUUUUUCCGACUCACUUUCAGCUUGCAUACCCGCACUUCGUACCUACUCCGUACCCACAACCAGCGUCUAAUAUCGCUCGGGUCAGGGUCUCUGUCCGACAAUGAAUCGGGCCAGCCCACAUGGUGGUUGGAAUAGGGUUGCUCACACCACGCUGGCAACGUUGCCGGGCCGUCUGGCUUGUGACUUGGCUGCUAAGCGCUUGAAACAUUGGUCCGCAACAACAUGUCUAGUCCCCGAUUCCCCUCAGUCUCCUUGACGUAUGGUACACGAGCCACUGCGUCGGACCCAGCAUUUCGGCCUUCGAGGUCCAUGAUAUGCAUUCUCUCGGGUGUGAUGUCAUGGGCCUGAGUUCGUUCCUGAAUACCUGGUGGGCCCCUCUCCGUUGAGGAACCUAGCAAGGCUGAAAUGGAACAGAAGGAGGGGGAGGGGUCUUUGUUGGAUGGCAAAACGACCAAAAGACGAGUCGUUGGAAGCUGAAUGUCUGCAGCAAUGGCAUGAUUCACGACUCGGUGUCCCGCAGAGAUCUACGUAUGCCGCCAGUUGGGCAGGAUCUGAUUCUUGAAACCCGAUUCAGUUACUGUACCGCAAUUUUGCCGGUGCGCUGCGUAUGUUUUCCGAGGUAACGUUCAUGCUGCCGGGUUCGACAACUGUGGGAACACCUCCCGGAACCGGGAGAGUGAACCGUUGUGUUGGGAUACCCUCCACCAUGGAUCCAGGUUGUGUAUAACAACCCGCUGCUGCGUCGUUAAUGUGCUCGUCAACAAGUUGAGGAAGACUCGAUAUAUCGACGCAGACAUGACGAAUAGUAAUAGCAACGAGAGCACCAUUGGUCUGGGGGAAGUGGUCUUCAGAGCCGAGGAGACUGCCCGUCAACUAGUCGACUUGGCUAACACUACCAAGACGAUCCAGUUACAGACCCGAAGACAGAUGAACCAGCUCCAAUCCGAACUACACCGCACAAUAGCGCUAUAUAGACUUAUCUACAACGACCAAAUCUGCCACCUCGAGACAUCUUCAACCACAUUCCGCGGCCUCGCGCCGGUGGACCUCAACAUCUGCAGAUAUUCCUUCAGACGAGCCAACGAGACCCUCCGCCUCUUUCAACAGAGCCCGGUGAUGGCAGGGCCGGCAGAGACAUUCCUCGCAAGCCCGCAGUACCCGAAACUUCUCCUCGAAACCCACAGACAGGUGAAAGCCCUCAACGACGAGAUCCGUGCCGACAUCGUGCUCGCUAUCAAGCGCGUGCUCAACCAAGACCUCUUCAGCCGGGACACGCGCGCCGUCCAGCUGCGCACUAUCGCCGUGGGGCGGGACGCGAGUCUCGACCACGAUAUCUGGCAGAUUCGAAUCCAGAGGGGGGAUGCCCCCUUGAUUGCGAGCUUGCUCCUCGCGAGUGAUGAUACGUGUCAUACCCCUGGCGCUGACGGAGUCGAUGGUGUGUCUGUUACGACCUCGUGUCUGCGGUUCCGCGACGCGAAUACCAUUGUCGAGACGAGGGCCAUGCCGCGGGAUGACCCAGAUAUAUGCCGCAAAACGCUCAAGCUCGCUACAUUGUUACACGCCACGCGGUCGCCGUACCUCCCCCGCUGCACGGGCUUUCAGGUCCUCACCCGGCACCGGAAUCAAGAUAGGGAGCAGGACCUGGAUCGGCGGCUGGAAUACUUCUACGACGCCUCUCCGCUGCACGGCUGUCGCGGCGCCGAGAUCCACAGACUGUCGGAGCACCUCGGCUCGCCGACGGGCCACUUCACGCGCGGGCGGCGGGAGGCGGCGGCGAGGAUCCUCUCGGAUAAGAUCCGGUUUGCGGGACAGCUUGCGAGGGCGGUGAGCGAGCUUCAUGCUGUUGAUCGGGUGCAUGGCGCCGUGCGUGCUGAGAAUGUGUGGUUUGGGGUGAGGGGCGGGGAAUAUGAGGCGAAGGUGUCGGUGCCGUUGCUUGUCGGGGCUGGGUUCGAGGAGGGGGAGGUGAGGCGGUGUCGGGUUCGUGGUGGUGGUGAGGAUCGUGGGGAUGGGGGAGAGGCGCUGGAGGAGGGGAAGAGGAGGGAUGUAUUUGCGUUGGGGGUGUUGUUGCUGGAGAUUGGGCUGGGGCGGUCGAUUACGGAUGUUGCGACUGUGUCUGCGACUUCGUCUUCGUCUACGGCCUCAUCUUCGGGCAGUGCUGGGCCUGGUGUCGGCGUUGGUGCUGUUUCUGCGGCGGAACAUCUUGGGACGUUGAAUGCGGUCAUGGGUGGGAGGUAUACGGCUGCCGUGCGGGCGGCGUUGGAUCCGCGGCAGUUGGCUGUCGUGUUCUCGGCCAUGGAGGUGGGAGGCGGAGCAGAAGGAAGAGGAGGCGGUGGCGAGGACGAGGACGAGGACGAAGAUGGGAGUGUGUUUGGUAAGGGUGGCAGUUGUGGACUGGAUCGGGCUUUUAGGGGAGUCGUUGUCGAUGAGUUGUUGGGUGUUGUUGGGAGGGCGUGAGGAUGAGGAGGUGGUGCUUGGGGAGCUCUGGGUUCUUGGUUCUGUUUUGGCUGGGCUGGUCUGAUUGAGGUCUACUCACAUUCCAAGGAUGAGACUCAGGACUAAAUUAGUCUUAGGCAAUGGCGACCAUUCUCAUUGAAUGGUAAGAUGAGCUUGAGAAGUUGGACGUGAGACUGGGGUCGACGUCGAGUGCAGUCAGUUAAUCACGGGGUCAAAGGUAGGAGAUACUGGCAUACCAAAAACUUUGAUUGAUUACUCGCCUUCCACUACGACGUGGAAGUAAUAGAAGAAGCAAUUAGGAACUAGG